CAUAGUAUCAGUAAGCCCAAGAUGGCGACUGGAGAGGUCAGGUGUGACAGCCGGUAGUAAGUGACAGGGAAAAGAACCAACGUAUCUUGACUUGGAGGUGAAAAGGGGAAAAGUUAAUCCGCAGCGAGAGGAAACUAACACCUAGCCUGGGUAGGGUGCUGGUGGAAAGUAGAUCCUCGGGGUGCCCUUGAAGGGGCGGCCGGCGAGGAAAGAGGAGACACGGAGGAGGACAAGGCGAACACAAGGCACAGAGGGGCGUCAGGUGCCAUGUUGUCUGUACUGUCAUACGGCAGGUUGGUGGCCAGGGCGGUGCUCGGUGGCCUUUCCCAGACAGAUUCUCGGGACUAUAGCCUGGUGACGGCCAGCUGUGGGUUCGGCAAGGAUGCCAGGAAGGGCAUCCUCAAGAAAGGCAUGUGCUACGGGGACGACGCGUGCUUCAUCGCUCGGCACCGGACAGCUGAUGUGCUUGGUGUGGCAGAUGGUGUAGGAGGAUGGAGAGAUUAUGGUGUUGACCCUUCUCAAUUCUCAGAGACUCUGAUGCGCACAUGUGAGAGAUUGGUCAAAGAAGGACGGUUUAUACCAACCAAUCCCGUUGGAAUACUAACUUCGAGUUACUGUGAGCUUCUCCAAAACAAAGUACCUUUAUUGGGGAGCAGCACUGCAUGUCUAGUUGUUCUUGAUAGAACGAGUCACCGCUUGCACACAGCUAAUUUAGGAGAUUCUGGAUUUCUAGUGGUACGGGCAGGGGAAGUUGUGCAUCGGUCAGAUGAGCAGCAACAUUACUUCAACACUCCAUUCCAGUUGUCGAUAGCGCCGCCAGAAGCUGAGGGAGUUGUUCUCAGUGAUAGUCCUGAUGCUGCGGAUAGUAGUUCGUUCGAUGUUCAGCUUGGAGACAUUAUUUUGACUGCAACUGAUGGACUGUUUGACAACAUGCCGGACUAUAUGAUUCUUCAGGAGUUAAAAAAGUUAAAGAAUACAAAUUAUGAAAGUAUACAGCAGACGGCACGCAGCAUUGCAGAGCAAGCUCAUGAUCUGGCCUAUGACCCCAACUACAUGUCGCCUUUUGCACAAUUUGCCUGUGACUAUGGUUUAAACGUGAGAGGAGGAAAACCAGACGAUAUCACUGUUCUUCUUUCCAUAGUAGCUGAAUAUACAGACUAACAUGCAGAAAGAAACAUCUAGUAUAAACUACUUAUUCUUCUUUUGCUACCCUUGGACUUCGACAUGUUGCACUGUUUCCUGCGGGCAGGAUCACAAUUUAUUUUUCAAGUUCUUUUUUUUGUUUGGAUUGGCCAGUUAUAAAAUGAUAAAAGAAGCAUAAUGCUGUGUGCAUACAUUACAACUGAGGUCACUGUAAAACCACUACUGUCUAAAGUAUCUGAUACAGAAACGAAAAGAUUUGCCAGCUAUUGAAAGAACUUGCCCCAAAUGCUGUUUUAUGAACCUGUUUUUCAGCAUUUGUUUCACAUUUAACCCAACCAGAUCUGUCAAUAGCAUGAUAUAUUUUCAGUUUAGUGCAGUAUUUUUCCAAACUUUUCAUUGUCCUGGGACAAAUAUUGUAAUACUGUGAAAAUCAUGCGAUUCCCUAGUUAUUUUCAUAUGCCCUUGAUACCCCAAUAAUUCCUUUAAUAUUGUAGGAAUAUAGUGAACUAAGAAGUGCUAUAAGCAAUAAUACACAAUGUCACUAAGAACUUUCAAUAUUUAAGAGUUUAUGGUGAAAAAAAGAUACUAUGCACAAUUUGGCAUUUUUUUGACCUGGUGACAUAAUUGUGUGUAAAACCAUCAGGUGAGGAUUGUGAUAACCAACAACUUGAUGUAUGUUUAUACUUACGUAACCUAAAAUGUUUCUAACGUUAUACACAUUGCUUUAGACUUAGGUAUUCCCUUCAACAAAAGAAACCAAAAAAGAAGUACAUUUGGUAUUAGAAGUUAAUUGGGACAUUUUUUCAAAUCUAAAUUAAACUUUUUAUGAUUUUACAUACACGUCCCUUUAACCAAAAUUGCUAGUGUAUAUAUUUGAUUUCAUUUCUGACUUUUCGCAUCUUACCAGUACCCCAUAUUUGGGUGCUAGUAAUUAUAUUUAGUUAUCUCUACUCAACAGUUGGCCAAAAAUGAAUAUUGGGUUGUUUAGUAAAAACCCCAUAUUCAUUUUUGGGCAAUAUGGGGUUCUUUUAGCGGUAAAUGUUAUUUCUGAAGAUACUAAAAGCCAUCUGUUUAUAUGUAAUACACACACACAAUUAUUAUUUUUUUGGGUAAUUUACUGACACAAAUAAGCACGCACAUAAUGUUUGAGUAAAUUUAGUCUCUGUAUACAUUGAAUAACAUCCAUCAUCGUGUUUUUUUGGGGGGCGGUUAUAUUUCUUAGCAACUGUUCUCUGUAUGUUACAUUUAAGAGAGUUCCACAGGUUGUCUGUAUUUUCAUUGUAUUUUACCUGUGUGUCUGUUACCUCAGUUUGUAUAUAUUUUUGUGAAAUUGUACUGUAUAUUUGAAUUGCAUAACUGUUGAGAGCUUUUUAUUUAAAUAUUUUCAACAUGUACUAUGUACAUGUCAUAACAGUAGUGCGUCAUGCUUGUAACAGGCAUUUCAUUCUCAGUGGUAAUGUGUAAGCAGUUAUAUAACGAGAGAGGUUGAGAAAUGUAUGUUUUCCUGUAUUAGCAUGUUCUAUAUGAGGUCAUAUUAAAUGGCUUCUUAAAUUGCCUUAACUCCCCUAAACUUGAUAGAGCAGAGUAAGCAGCCAAUGAAUGAGCUUGGUUCAAAACGUAGAGCAAUGACAGAUAAGUGACAAACUUGUAUUUCUUAUUUUGGUUUAUUCUAAUUUAAAUUAAUUUCCUUUGAGAUUUUUAAAUGAAAGAGAAAAAAAAAUGUUUUACUAACAUCACACUAUGUAAAACGAAAUCAUCAUUAUUUUGAUUGAAGUACAUAUUCAGGUUACAACUAGACUGUGUAGCUCUGACAGGAGUAAAACUUGCGCUUCAGUAAAUGUGUUUUCUUCUCCGUUAGAGACCUGCAAUAUGGUACGGACCUAUUUCCAAGCACUAGAAGCAAACUUUUACAGGGCUGGGCAUUUCCAGACUAAUAAAAAUUUGCAAAGGACUAGUCGGAAAUUGGUCUUUUUCUAGAGUUUAACUUGGAACUUAUUUAUUAACCCAUAAAUUGUUCAAAUCACUAAUUUGCUUAGCACAAAUGCCUUCAGAAACAAUAUUUUAGUCCACAAAAGUAGCACUAAUAUGUGUUCAUAUGGGAGUAUAUAAAUCACACAUGCAAUACAUUAUCCCACCUUCUGCAAAAGCAGCAACAUGAAGUCACCCAAAUUAUAACAAAUGUAUUAUUAGUGCAUUGCAAUUCAAAUGUUAAAAUCUGUGACAUUCAUGGCACUUUAUUUUGUAUUCAUGGUUAAAGCCUCAUAAUGCUGUGACGCUCUGUUUUGCUGCGUGUAGCGUGGAACAAUUGUUUAAGGCAUUGUGGAAUUCUGGAGCCAUAUGAUCAACACUUCCCGGUAAAAUACAUAUUUAUUUUUAAAUGAAAAUGUUAAUUCUUAUGUGAAUAAUUGUGUAAACUAAAUUGUGUGAGUUUGACUUACAUCUGCAUUGCUUGAUUAUGCAAUUAGAUUUAAAAUUCCACUAUGCUUCUUAAUAUUUUUACCUCAGCUAAGAGAUUCCGAGAUUGGUUUUACAAGUUUUAGCUAAUUUUUUUUUCUUUUAGGCAACACCAAAGAUUAGUAAAAGGAAAUACUUUCCAUCUCUAUUUAUGAAGCAAUACUGUAUUAUAAAUGAAUAUUGCAUCAUUGUUUGUGUAAUUUCACUCUGCACUUACAUAUCAGCCUAACAUUUUCCUCUAAUGCUGUCUGCGCACAAGCUCUAUAAUUAAAACCAAUGCACUUUGUAAGAGUAAAAAAGAUAAUUAUGUGGUCAAGCUGUCGUGUUAUGAGACACAAAGCAAGAUUUAAUUGGUUGGAGUUGUAUUAAGUGAAUGUUGAGGUAUUUUUUUUUUUUAUACGUAAAUGAGAACGGAGAUACUCGGCUAAUAAAACAUUUAAUGAAUAUGUCACUACAAUGUAUAAAAGGUAGAAUUAGAAGUGUAUGUCAUGCUGAAGGUCUUCAGAUUGAAAAUGGUAAUGUGAUAAAAGUUAAGAUUACUGUGUGAAUGUAUUUUUUUUUUCUUUCUAUUUUUUAAGUUGCACCAGUUUUCCAUUAUGAGGUGCAUCAGUUUGUUAUAUUCUAGAUUUAUGUCAAAUUUAACAAUGCCGGUGAAAAUUUAGCAAAGUAAAUGUAUUUUUGUGACUCUAGGAAUAAAUGAAUCAAGUAUUUAAAUACUUUAGUUUUUUUUUUUUUUUAAACUACCAUUUCUCAUUUCUAAGACAAAUGUCAACAUUUGAUGUAUGAAAUUACACUGAAAUAUAGGAAAAACCUGUAAAUACAUUUAAGUAAACUGUAAGAAAUUAUUUAAUAAAUAUAGUAUUUAUACUAAAAAAAA